AUGUCUGUUACCGAUUUCGACAAAGACCGGGCCUCAGGAUUAUUAGCCCAAGCCCGGAGAAUCGCCCAUGACUUUGACUUCCCAGCUGAGGACGUCCGACGCGCAACACUGCACUUCUUGAGGCAGCUUAAUGAGGGACUCCAGCAAGAUGGCACCUCACUAUGUCAGAUACCAUCUUUUGUGACGAACCUCCCCAAUGGCUCUGAGAAGGGAGUCUGUAUGGCCAUCGACCUCGGUGGGACCAACCUGCGAGUGUGCUCCGUCAACUUGAACGGGGAUUCUACAUACUCUCUCACCCAGUCCAAGGCGGUUAUCCCAAGACAUCUCAUGACCGCACCUACCUACAGAGAUCUGUUCAGGUUUAUUGCCUUACAGACCAAGGCAUUCUUGGCGGAACACCAUCCCUCAGACUUGGAGGCAUGGUCCCGUGUGCUGAAGGAGGGCAGUGUCACGGAUGAGGAACGACAGAAGCACUGUAAAAGCCUGGGCUUCACCUUCAGUUUCACAUUCGACCAACACGCCAUCAACAAGGGAACGCUGCUCUACUGGACAAAGUCGUUCGACAUCGCCGACGCGGUGGGCCGCGACCCCUGCGCGAUGCUGCAAGAAGCCCUCGACGAACAGCAGCUGCCGCUGCUGGUCACCGCUCUCGCGAACGACACCGUCGGCACCCUGGCGGCCCGGGCCUACACGUCACCGGGGCGGUCCGGCAACGUCGUCGGCGCGAUCUUCGGCACAGGAACCAAUGGCGCGUACAUGGAGCGCGUCUCCCGCAUCACGAAACUGCACUCCAGAAAGGAGUUCCGCAACUCGGGGCCGGGUGCGGUGAUGGCGCUGAACACGGAGUGGGGCGGCUUCGACAGCAAGCUCGAGGUGCUGCCGACGACAAAGUAUGACCGUGAGCUGGAUCGGGACUCUGUCAACCCGGACGACCAGCACUUCGAGAAGAGAGUGUCUGGCAUGUAUCUGGGCGAGAUACUGAGGCGGAUUCUCCUGGACUUGAUCCAAUCACGUCCGAGUCUUUUCGAACUCAAGAUCUCCGAAACUUCUCUGAUUCACGUGCCCGACAGCAUCGACAGCUCACUCCUGUCUUCGGUUGUGAAGGACGAGACACUGGAUCUGGAGCACGCACGGCACGAAAUAGCAAGAGUCCUCGGCGCAGCCCAUGUAUCAACAGGCGACGCAAGAGCAAUCAAGAUUUUGUCCGAAGCCAUUGGUCGGCGGUCGGCAAGGCUGUCCUCUGUCGCCAUUGCCGGAGUGGCCCUUCAGUCCGGCGCCCUUGGGCCAAGAGCAGUUGAACAGCCUCUCGCACCGUCGUGGAACCUGGGCAUCAACAUUCUGACGCCCAUUCUCUACGGUGUCCAGAGUCUCUGGAAACUCCUUGCGAGCUGGCUUCAUGUCAAGAUCCGAGUCACCGUUCCCAAAGGGGUAAACGCGAGCUCUUUUGGCAACUCGGGGGAUCUACGUCCUACAGGGUUCAUUGGCGAGGGCGAGGUUGUCGACAUCGGCGUCGAUGGAUCCUUGAUCGAGCAUUUCCCCGACUUCGAGCUGCAUAUUCGAGAGGCUCUGAGAGGGAUCCCCGAGCUUGGCGGACGUGGAGAUGAGAUGAUCAGAAUAGGGAUGGCCAGAGAUGGGAGCGGCGUCGGGGCUGCGCUGAUUGCAUGGGCGGCGAGAUCGCAGUGA